AGCAGCAGAACAGUCUUUCAGUCCGGCGCUGGCGUUCACACACGCACACACACACACACACACGCGCGCGCGCUCGCGCGUCUAUUCACCGCGUCCUGGACAUGAACAGCUGAUUUGUUUCUUUCUCACCUGCAUGAUGGAGAGCUAGACGGUCCAAAAAAACCCCAAAACCAAACAAAAAAAAACAGCUGGAUGAAUUGAAGGAGCGCCAUGCCCUGCGUUUACUGAUUCUCAGACGCACACUCACGCACACACACGCACACGUACACACACGUUUCCAGCCGUGAGAGAGUGAAAGGAAAGGGAGAGAGAGAUGAUUCAACCCGAGCUCCACAAUCAUGUGUCUCCUAACACGGACCCUGGUCCUGCAGACGCAUCUCACGCAGCUUCCUACAGCCUCCUGCACAGGAUCCGGAGAGUCUUCACCAGAGAGCUCCUCCUCACACUGGCACUUGGUCAGGUCUUGUCUCUGCUCAUCUGCGGGAUCGGACUGACCAGCAAGUACCUGGCCACUGAUUAUCAUGCCAACACACCCGUGUUCCAGUGCUUUCUCAAUUACAUCCUGCUGUUCCUGGUUUACACCACCACACUCGCAGUCAGGCAGGGAGAGGAGAAUUUACUGGCGAUCCUCAAGAGACGAUGGUGGAAGUACAUGAUCCUCGGUGUGAUCGAUAUCGAAGCCAACUACCUGGUUAUUAAAGCUUACCAAUACACCACACUUACCAGUGUACAGCUACUGGACUGCUUUGUCAUCCCUGUCGUGCUCCUGCUGUCCUGGUUCUUCCUGUUGGUGAGGUAUAAGGUGGUGCAUUUUGUCGGCGUGGGUGUCUGCCUGCUCGGCAUCGGCUGCAUGGUGGGAGCCGACGUACUGGUGGGACGACAGCAGGGUCUUGGGGACCAUAAGCUGCUGGGAGACCUGCUGGUUCUGGCCGGUGCCACGUUAUAUGGCAUCUCAAACGUGUGCGAGGAGUUCAUCGUGAAGAACCUGAGUCGGGUCGAGUUCUUGGGAAUGAUGGGCCUCUUUGGUUCCUUCUUCAGUGGAAUCCAACUCGCCAUCAUGGAACACAAGGAGCUUCUGAAAGUGCAGUGGGAUUGGCAGAUCGGUCUACUGUAUAUCGGCUUCAGUGCCUGCAUGUUUGGUCUCUAUAGCUUCAUGCCUGUAGUGAUCAAAAGGACCAGUGCCACGACGGUCAACUUGUCUCUCCUCACCGCUGACCUGUACAGUCUAUUCUGCGGCUUCUUUCUAUUUCAGUACAAGUUUUCAGCUCUCUACCUGCUGUCAUUGUUCAUCAUCUUGUUCGGCUUGGUGAUCUACUCCUCUUCCUCGACCUACGUGGCGCAGGACCCUCGCGUUUACAAGCAGUUCCGCAACGCUGGAAAUCCCGUCCCGGACACGCCCAACGUCGGGCCUUUGGAGCCUUCGGUGACCUACAGCAGCCUGGGGCAGGAGAUCGAGGACGAGCCUCGGGUUCGAGUCGCCUGAGAGGGUGUUGUCUUGUGCACGCAAUUAUUCACAGCCCGUCCCACAAGCGUGUAGAAAAGUGAAUGAUGAUAAUCAGAGAAUAAUGUAUAUAACCCCGUAGCAAACAAGUACACUGUGAUCACGAACUGUGAAUAGGUAGCAGUGAUCUCGGACUGUCUCGGAUCCAUCGUGUAUAAACUUCAUCUCCUCCACUCCACAGUUUAAGUGUUUAAGGAUCUGUGCUGACUGUUUGUUCAAAAUCUUGGUUGUGAGUUUGUUUUUCUUACACGAGCACAAAACGUUUCAGUAAAUCUCAAAUUUCCACGUGCGUAUUUUGAUUUUCUUUUUCGCAUUGAUUUUCGGAAGGAACAAAUCGGCCAAAUGUAAAAAUAUCUCAUUUGACUUUUCACACUAAACGUAAUCAAUGGGUUAAUUUUUUUUUCCUUUUGCACUGGAGCAGCAAGGCUAACGUAGCUAACACUUUCAUAGCUACUAGUUUAGGAUUAUCCAAUCUGCAAGCCUGAAUCAUAAUCAUGACAGUGUUUUAGUGCCCCGUUAAAAAAACAAAAAAAUCCCAACUAAGAUUAUGAAAAUAAAGUUGUAGCAGCACCGGCUGAAGUAUUGACCUACCGGUUUUCCAUCGUAUUUUGUGACCUUAGAGGGCGCUAUUGCUUUUACGCAAACAGCGUAAAAUUCAAACAUCAGCAGCCGCACAUUACCUAAUGCUAUGACUUUAUUCUUUUAAUUUCGACUUUAUUCGUGUAAUCUUAGAUUAUUUUUUUUCAGUGGCACUAAAACAGCGUUGUACAUAACACACUGUUAUUUAUUUUCUUAACCCACAGAUAUUUAAUCAGGCUCAGGUAGGAGGCAUGGCCUGCAACGUAAAAACUAAAAAGUAUGCUACGUUUUUAAAUUUUUAUUUUAUAAUAAUAAUGUAGCACCAAUCUGAUAUUCAUAUUUCAUUUUCUCAAUACAGACUGUUAUAAUAUAAAGCUGUUUACAUACAGUACAGACCAAAAGUUUGGACACACCUUCUCAUUCAAAGAGUUUUCUUUAUUUUCAUGACUAUGAAAAUUGUAGAUUCACACUGAAGGCAUCAAAACUAUGAAU